AUGACGACUCCUGCGACAAAGCGGAAGGGCGUCAACCCGUUCGAUGGCGCCAGCUCAGACGACAACCGACGACGAAAAAACACGAAGGGAGAUUCACAAGGCGACUGGAAGAAGAAGGGUCCCAAAGCGCAAGGCGCGAAGCCCAAUGGCGCGAAGGCGCCGAAAGGGUUCGGAACCACCCAGUCGCGCGGUAGUUUCGGUACCCAAAACAACAACAAUCACAGCUCGGGCUCUACCGACUAUGGAACGGACGAUGCGAACGGCGAAUCAAACGGUGACGGCACGGCAUACUCCGACAGAAUCUUCUCACAACUACGACAGGAUGGAAUCGCGCCGCCAAAAUGGCCGUCCGAUCCAGGAAACACGACGUCAAAGGCCUCGAUGGCUAAAUUUAGGGAAGAAUACAAGACAUAUCGCGAUCGGGCCAGGAUUUCGUUGAUGCGCGCCGGCUUGAUUGACGAUCCCGAUAAGCCAAAGCGACUGGAAGACGCGAUUGACUUUAAAGGCAUCUGCGACGCGAUGUGCCCCGACUUUGAGAAGAUUACUCGCAUCACCGAAUUCGAUGUUCAGUCUGCCGAAAAGGACCCCCGAACCACUUUCGCCAACACAUCAAAGAUGGUCAAGAAGCUGGCGCGUUCCGCAGCUGGCCAGGAGGCUCCGUUACCCAUGGAUGUCAGAUCUACAGCAGCCCUCCGAAGGACGCUCGACUAUCUCAUCGACGACCUUUUACCGAUCGACGACAAGUUGCCUUCUUCUCAUGGUUUUCUGUGGGAUAGAACACGUGCGAUUCGCAGGGACUUCAUCUUCCAUUCGACAAUGUCCCCCGAAGAGAUGAAGGACCAAGUAUACUGUCUCGAGACGAUUGCCAGGUUUCACGUUACAGCGUUACAUCUGCUUUCUCAGGAGGGAUUCGCGCUGGAAGACUUUUCAGAGCAACAAGAAAUUGAGCAGCUGGGCAAGGCGUUACUUUCGCUCAUGUUUGCUUACGACGACUGCAAGCCCCAAGGUGUUGUUUGCGAAAACGAGGCCGAGUUCAGGGCGUACCAUUUGCUUUUCAGUGCAAAUACUCCCAAUAUCCUCGACAACGUGCAAAAGGAAUGGGGAGACUCUCGCUUCUGGACCGACUCCGAUACUAUCAGAACAGCCGUCUCACUCGUCGAGAGCUUGCAGAGUGCAGAGGACUUCCACGGUCCGUUGGGCUCGGGCCCGUCCAUGGUGACAUCGGGUGCACACCUCACUUACUUC